CAAGAGUAGUACAUUUAAUUAGGUUGCACCAGAAAUAAAAUUACAUUUUUCCAUUCCAGGUUUACGAAAGAGUAUUUUUUAUUUCUAAAUAUUGAAAAAAAUUAAAGAAAAAGUUUUUAAAUUCGCAUAUCGUUAGCACUGCUCUCACGUACUAAAUACAAAUUUGGCAAUUUGCCAUGAACUUCCGGUGUAAGAUAAAGACACACGCGGAUCUAUCAAGAAAAGAACGCGAAUAAUUACAAAAAUAUCUAAAAAAUUAAGACUUAUUUAGUAAUUUUACACUGUCUCAUAUUUAAAAAUGUCCAAUAACGGUGCUCCGGACUCGUGGGAAAGUCAAGCCGAAGUCGUAGGUGAACAAGGUGCACAAGAUUCUAAUGAUGUGUCUUCAAAAAUUUCCACGUUGAAUGUGAAUGCCGUGGAGUUCGUGCCUUCUUUUUGUAAGCCUUCGCAGGCUAGCGAUAAUUCUGAAUCACCUACCACACCACAAAAAUCUGAAAGCGAUUCUACAAAUUCUGCAGAGAGUCCUGUCCUAAACGGUUGUGCUGAUGCCGGUGACAGUGGCGAUGCUGGUGCCGCUUCAGCUUCGCCUCGGGUGGAGGAGCCACCUCCUGUUCCACCGGCAACAGUAGUGGUAGCGGCUCCUCUUCCAGUUCAAUCCGACUCCUCCCCAACCAUAGAUAGUUGGGAUGCUGAUGCUGAUGAUGCUCUCUUAACCCCGGAAGACAACAAUGAACCAGAAGAAGAAGAAUUGGAGCAACAGGAGGAUGGAGAAGCGGCAAAAAAGAUACCUAAAAAGAAGCCAGUCAGAGUGGAGGACACCCGAAGCAAGAAGGAACAUGUGAAUGUUGUGUUCAUUGGACAUGUUGAUGCUGGUAAAUCAACAAUUGGUGGUCAAAUUAUGUCAUUGACGGGUAUGGUGGAUAAAAGAACAUUGGAAAAAUAUGAAAGAGAAGCAAGAGAAAAGUCAAGAGAGUCCUGGUACUUAUCGUGGGCGCUUGAUACAAACCAAGAAGAACGUGACAAGGGAAAGACAGUGGAGGUUGGAAGAGCAUAUUUUGAGACUGAUAAAAAACAUUUCACAAUACUUGAUGCUCCCGGGCAUAAAAGUUUUGUUCCAAACAUGAUUGGUGGUGCCGCCCAAGCAGAUCUUGCUGUACUGGUAAUUUCUGCCCGUAAAGGAGAAUUCGAGACUGGCUUUGACAGGGGAGGGCAGACCAGAGAGCAUGCAAUGUUAGCAAAGACAGCAGGAGUCAAACAUCUAGUAGCACUUGUCAACAAAAUGGAUGAUCCUACUGUAGCUUGGGAAGAAAAGAGAUACAAUGAAUGCAGAGACAAGAUCUUACCAUACCUUAAGAAGCUAGGCUUCAAUCCCGCUAAGGAUCUAUCCUUCUUACCAGUCUCUGGUCAAACGGGACAGGGCCUAUUGGAGAGGGUAUCUGAAGAGAUCUGUCCAUGGUACCGUGGACCGUCAUUCAUCCAACUGAUUGACGAGCUGCCCUCGCUCAACCGCAAGAUGGACGGGCCCUUCAUAAUGCCCGUGGUAGACAAAUACAAGGACAUGGGCACCGUGCUGAUGGGCAAAGUGGAAGCGGGAACAACUCGCAAAAGCAGCACACUUUUCCUUAUGCCCAAUAGAGUGCAGGUGACAGUGGACCAGCUGUGGUCGGACGACAUCGAGGUGACGUCCAUCGGGCCCGGCGAGAACGUCAAGGUGAAGCUGAAAGGCAUCGAGGAGGAGGACGUUUCCCCGGGCUUCGUGCUCUGCGACACUGCCGACCCCAUCACCACCGGCAGGGUGUUCGACGCGCAGGUAGUGAUCCUGGAGCACAAGUCCAUUAUCUGUGCGGGAUACUCCGCCGUCAUGCACAUACAUUGUGCAGCUGAGGAAGUUACUGUUAAGGCCCUAAUCUGUUUGGUAGACAAGAAGACCGGCGAGAAGUCGAAGACGCGGCCGCGCUUCGUGAAGCAGGACCAGGUCGCCAUCAUGAGGAUAGAGUGCGCUGGCGUCAUCUGCCUCGAGCCCUUCAAGAAGUUCGCUCAGAUGGGCAGGUUCACCUUAAGAGACGAAAAUAAAACGAUCGCAAUUGGAAAAGUGUUGAAAGUGAUUGAGUAAGUUUGGCUCUACGAUUGUAAUUUAGCUAGGAUAGGCCUUUCCAAAACCUAUAUCAUGAGAGAGUGGAUGUAAUAUGUAAUCCUGAGUAUUGGGAUGUGAGAGCUGACUGCUUGUACCCCGAGAGCGGCGCACUGCCGCCGCCGCCGCAGCCGCAGCCGCAGACAGUAUGCUAUGUUAUUUUAAUGGUGGUAAAAACAUAUUUAUACAAGUGUUAUUUAUAUAAUGUUAUCACAAAUGCAUAUACACAGCGACGUCUCUCACAUUAUUUGCAUCAGCUUACAAACUGAGCCGUGAUUCUCUAACGACCCCUACGUAUGUAAUCUUUAUUUGCUUCAACUUUGUAUAUGUCGAUUAUAUGUUUGUUAAAUAUAAUGCAUCCUAUCCUGCUUGUAGACAGCGUGUGUUAAAUUUACUUAGUUUACUUGCAUUUUACACAAUUUAAGAACAAAGAAAAUCUGUUAAUUGUUUCGGAUUUUUGUUUUAAUUAUCUUACGCUCACCUUUUACCGUAUCGUUUUUUUAUUAUGUACGCUCGCAGCACGACAGAAGAAACACAUCACUUACAGUGGGGAAUAGUUUUCUGCUUAAUUUGGUAGUUACAACCAUUUACGUAAAGUUUUAUUAUAAUAGAGAAUUUUUUAAAAUUAGUAGUCUUAGUUACUCCAAAUAGACUGUACAUUGGUCCAGUAUUUUACUAGAUUACUCCGGGAACAAAGGCGAGUUUGUAAAAACAGAGAAUGUAUAGUUCGCUAGAGAUUAUUUAUUCCCAUAUAACAUAGACACUCCAAUUUUAUUAUAUUUUUUCAAUCCAUGUUAAUAAAGAUAAGUUGUAUUAUGAGUGAUUGCAUUGUGAAGGCGACAAGUAACGACAGCCCUACAUGACAUCUAAAUCUAAUCUAUCGUGAAAUUAGUUGCACCAUUGAAUGAAGUAAUGCAGUUUCUGUUGUCGUGUUGCGAAGCAUGCCUUAAAGUAAAACAAGAAGCGAGUCUGUAUGAAAAUACUAUUCGUAAUAUGUCAUCUUAGUGUCAUACUAUUUGGAUAAUAAAACUGUUUUAUUUAUGGCCCAUAAACUUAUUUUUUUAAUAACAAAAUGUAUCACAGUCUAAAAUGUUUAUUGGUUGCGAUACUCUAAAACGACACGAACUGGGUGCAUUUAUGAAUAAAUUAUUUGUAGUUUCAUAUUGAUCUCUUCUUAUUUAUAACUAACAUGUGGGUAUUAGAUGUGUCUUCGUAAUCGAAGUAGUUUCCUUUUGUGAAGGCGAGAAUUGCUGUUUAUUUGGAAGGGUAGUCAGAUAACGCCAAGUACUGCAAGUACUAGCACGUAAGCUCUACAGAUGCAGUUAAUAAUGUAAUAUUAAAUUUUGGUGUGCACUCAAGAGUCCUAUUUUUAUAACAUUUUCCUCGAUAAUUGAUGUUCGUCUAGAAAGUAUAUAUAAAAACGUAGGUUAAAAAUAUCAUUUUAGCAGAACACGUUUGGACGGCAGGUUCUUCCAAAAGUUUGGAGCUCUUAAUUUUAAAAGCGUUUUGUGAUUGUUUGAUGUAUGAGCUCUCGUGUAGUCGCUGCUAGGAUGGUCAACCGCUUGCGUAUUUUGCUUACUGAUAUGAAUGAAUAGCAAUAAAAGUUGAUUCUAAUACUCGACUAAGACAUAUUUAACAUUUGUUUAUAGUAACAAAUAUUUUAGUUGUAACUUGAUCAUCCUAACAGAUGUAGUUAACAACAUGUUUCACUCGAUACGAAAUAAGUAAUGAUUAUAGUGUUGUCUAUUUUAAAAACAAGAAUUAUGUUUGAAGUGAUUUACUAUGCGGUAUACAUGUUAAUAUAGAAUUGAAAUGUGUUUCAAGUGGAAGCAAUUUUAUAUUUAUGAAACGGAAAAAUCGAUUCAUGUAUAUUCAUAAUGUUAAUUACUUGCAAUAUUUUAAUAUACACAUAAUUUUUUAAUAGAAGAUAUCGCUUUGAAAACAAAAUACAAUAGGCGGAGCUGGACUGUGAGAUCACAAGCCGCGGUAUGAAAGCUGUUGGCUUUUGUCUUGUUGAAAUUUUAACUUUAUCACGUUUAAGAAUUGGUCCAUCAGAUUUGUAAGUAGCUUUCGGAAUAGGAAGACUCGGUUUCUUCGCCAUGCCUUAAUGUUAGACACAGAGUACUUACGGCGAGCCAUGUGAUACACGUUCAACAUUGUCACUCCCGCUGUUAGGGGGUCAAUCUCCGAAUUGUUAUAAAUUGUAUAUUGUGGGUUUUUAAAUUUCCAGCUUUUUUUAAUAUAAUCGGUUUUACAUAUACAGUGGCGGAUUGAAUUAUAUUAUUAACGAUAUUUUAUGUAUAUCAGUGGAUGAAAUGUGAGGCGUACGCGGCACCCCAUCUGGUUUGAUCCGUGCUAUAUUUUAUUUGUCGACACGCUUGCUCGUAGGGGAGAGUAGGGCGCCUUAGUGCCUUCCGUUGCCGCCGGGCGGCGCGCCGCGUGCGCCUCGCGCCACAAGCGCACCCCGCGCCCCUCGCGCCACAAGCGAGCCACCGAGCGACCACUGGCAGCCUGCGACUAUAUUAUUUUGUUUAAAAUAAAAUUUUAUUAACUGCA